CAUUGCAGUACCACUAAGUAAUGCUGUUUAUAUAGCAUAAGCUUAAUUUCUUUGUGCAUUUUUGUGUGCAUUUGAUUAGUGUGUUCUGUUAUUUACCUUAUGUCUCUUUCAGACAUUAAUUUAUCGGUUCUCUUGAAUCACCCCCUCCUCCAACAGUAUUUUUUUUUAUUCAUAAAUACAGCUGCUUCAUCUUGUCCCUGCAUGCCUUCUGUUUUUUUUUUAUGCUCAGUGUCUUAAUGGAAGUAACAGCAGUGGGGCUGACAUGCUUUAGAUCUGUAGGUGUGUCUGUAAACAUGACAAAACGGGGAUAGUAAUGGCUGCAGCACUGGAACUGUGCUUUGGAUUUCUACUGCAGCUCCAAGGAACAACCUAACAAGUUGGGAAUAACAGUGAAAAUGUCACAUAGAAAAGCUAUGUUCACUUCUGUUAUUGGGCAACAUCUGGAACACAGGAAGAUAAAGCUACCAGUUUUUCGAAAAAGGAAAUCCAGUUGUGUCUACCUUGCCUUCAUUAGUCUCUGCAUCGUGGUCUUUUACAUGAUCUGUGUUCAAGACAAUAUGGUGUUGCAGGAAGCUACAUCAGUGGCAAAAACAAGGGGACUGGUGAGACUGCAAGGCUCAAGGAACAUAAGUGCUCCCCUUUGGAAAGCUCCAAAGAUGAACAAAGCUGGAAUGAUUACAAAUGCCAGUGACAGAUCAGGCACAGUGACACGCCAUGGCCAUUCUUUCACAUCUAUUCCUGGUUUUAUUAAAGCACUUUAUAGUGUGUUAUUUGAAAAGAAGACUACUUUUGCAGGAAACUAUGACAUGCGGAAAUCACGAUGGAAAGUGUGGAAUGAGGACAUGUCCCCAAAACUGCUGAACAGCAGACUUCAGAAGGUUUUCAAACAGUACAGGUCCAAGAAUAAAUAUAAUGUUACCUUCAUGAGGACUAGGAACCUCAGAAAGCUUAAUGGGAAUGAACUACUUUGUUUGUUGAAGCAACAAGUUAGUGUUCGGAUGAUCAAAUCCAAAGACUGGCCACUUCCUACAGUAGAUUGGCUGAAGUAUCUACCAUCAAAGAAUUUGUCAGAGACAUUGGGAAAGCCAAAAACAUGUGCAGUGGUUUCAUCAGCUGGGUCUCUGCUUCAUUCACACCUUGGAAAAGAAAUAGAUUCCCAUGAUGCAGUUCUGAGGUUCAAUGCCGCUCCAACAGCCAAGUAUGAAGCAGAUGUUGGCAAAAAGACUACCAUCCGACUUGUCAACUCACAGGUCAUGGCAUCUGAAGAGCAUGGAUUUUUGAAGAAUAAUCUGUACACUGCCGGUGUUCUUGUAGGUUGGGAUCCAGCUCCAUAUUCAGCGGAUCUCACUGAGUGGUACAACAAACCAGACUACCCCAUCUUUAAAAGAUACAUGGAGUAUCGUAGGAAGAAUCCUCACCAACCAUUUUAUAUCUUACACCCCAAAACUGAGUGGCAGUUGUGGGAUUUGAUACAGGAAAGCACAGAAGAAGACAUCCAGCGUAAUCCACCCUCCUCUGGUUUGCUUGGGACGCUGAUGAUGAUGUCACUCUGCGAGGUGGUGCACUUGUAUGAGUACCUGCCAUCCCGUCGUGAGACAGACCUGUGUCACUAUUAUGAGAGGUUCCGAGACUAUGCUUGCACUAGUGGGGCAUACCACCCCCUCCUCUUUGAAAAGAACCUUGUGAAGCGAAUGAACAAAGGGACAGAGAGAGACCUAUUUCAAUUUGGGAGGGUGACUCUUCCUGGCCUAAACACACUCAACUGUUCAACGUAGAACUAAGCAUGCAAAAUAAUGACCUAUAGUGCAAGAAAACAAAAUAAAUCAUAAAGCAAUAAGGAUUGCAAGUCAUUGGGGGGGCUAUAUUUCAUUGUGUUUUCGGGGUACUGAUAUGUUUCUGCACUCUCUUUUGCCACAAGAGUCUGAGGGUGGUCACAUUGCCAAAUGUAUUUUACCUCACCAUGUUUUAUUUAUUUAUUUAAUUGCAUUUUGGGUUUGUGUACAUAUAAACUGUUGUUUUAGCCUCAUUCGUGUGAUGAAGGGUGUAUGUCCAUGAGUGCAAGUACACUCAUUUUGUGUAUCUUUUAGGCACAUAUGUCAGCUGCCAUAUGUUUAUCAGUUUUAAAGUUCUGAAAAAUGAAACCAGCUCCCUCAGUAAUUUAAUAAUGAGUUUUGAAAAAAUCAUCUGUUUUAAACUUUCUUUUCAUCUCUAGUUACUUAAAUGUAGAUAGGUGAAAUCUGUUAAUUUUAUGUGCUGCAUACAACACGUCUGUAUUGUUGUCUAGAUUAUCACAUAAUUCUGAUCCCCAGUAAUGCUUAUUUUUGAAAAUGGGGCCACUAUUUUCAUUUUAUGGCAAAUAACUUAAAUUCUUUCUUUAACUGUUACAAGACAUCAAAUCCUAGAAAUGGUACCCUGCAAAUCAUUGUAACAAAUGCUGGAAUUUACUGGAAAGUAGAAAAGAAUGUACCUUGUUUUUAACCAUUCUAUGGUUUACUGAUACAGGAUAAGAAGAAGAAGAAAGAAUAAGCUAAGGGAGAAAAGCAGAGGACUGGUGUGUUCACUACAGAAAAGUAAACAACAUCUCACAAGGCAGUACAAUACCAAUGUCUAAAAUGUAAAGCUCUAUACAAAGAAAAAUGUGAAAUUUGGGCAUAAAAGACAGAUUUAAAGACUACAGUUUGUAUAUCAAACAUUGCUCCCCUGUACCCCUUCAUGUGGGGAAGCUGCAUCACCCACAUCCCCCGCUAUUGAGUUAUUCUCACUGAGGUGACACAGCAUUUGAGACUAAUGCAAUGUCUGGGCUGAUGUGAAAGCAGGAACUAUGUUAUUCUCUCUCCCUGGCUGUGCAUACUCAGAAUGAGAACCUCCAAACACUUGACCCAACCCAGUUUGGCUUUGUUAAGGGCAGAUCAUGCCUAUUAAACCUGGUUGACUUCU